CCUUGUAAUAAAACUUAACGUUAACAUUUAUAUAUAACGCGCAAUAAAUAUUCAAACUCACCGGAAAUUGUGACAUUUGUAAUUAAAAAUCCAAAGCAUUUCGACCAAAACAAAUGAAAUGACACGAUACGUUUAUAUUAUUUUACUAAGCGCGCUGCUAGUCAAGAGAAGCCUACAAGACACAAAACCAAGCCAUCCAAAUCAACUUAGUUAUUUAGUAUUUGUGUUCAGUUUUGAUACCGAUAACGAAUCCAAUAAAAAGUUUGGUGAAAAAGAGGAGGCUCAAAACCAAUAUGGUAUAGGUGGGAGUUGGAAUUAUAAGAACCGCCCUGAACAAGAUUACCGUGGGACAUGGGGACAACUCAAUCAAGGCGGAGGUCUCGGUGGAUCAUGGGGGAACCAAAAUCAAGGCAUGGGAUCUAGUUGGCAACAAGAGAAUAUAAAACAGCCAGGUCGAGAUUCUAGUGGGUCGUGGAGAAACCAAAAUCAAUAUGAUACAAGCGCUAGUUGGCAACAAUGGAAUCAUAAUCAACCGGGUCAAGGUUUGAGUGGGUCAUGGGGGAAACAAAAUCAACAAGGCGUAGGUUCUAGUUGGCAACAAGGGAAUCAAAACCAGCAGGGUCGAGAUACUGGUGGGUCGUGGGGAAACCAAAAUCAAUAUGAAAUAGGCGAUAGUUGGCAACUAGGGAAUCAUAAUCAACCGGGUCAAGGUUUGAGUGGGUCAUGGGGGAAGCAAAAUCAACAAGGCAUAAGUUCUAGUUGGCAACAAGGGAAUCAAAACCAGCAGGGUCGAGAUACUGGUAGGUGGUGGGGAAACCAAAAUCAAUAUGAAAUAGGCGAUAGUUGGCAACAAGGGAAUCAUAAUCAACCGGGUCAAGGUUUGAGUGGGUCAUGGGGGAAACAAAAUCAAGAAGGCAUAGGUUAUAGUUGGCAACAAGGGAAUCAAAACCAGCAGGGUCGAAAUACUGGUGGGUCGUGGGGAAACCAAAAUCAAUAUGGUAUAGGCACUGGAUGGCAACAAGAUAAUCAAAACCAGCUGAGUCGAAGUCCUGGUGGGUCAAGGGAAAACCAUGGGCAAGAAGGUAAUGAAAACCAUCAAGAAAAGGGUCUAGGAGAACUAUGGGGAAACCAAAUACAGAACGUAAGCAAUGGAGAAACGCAAACGGACGGUCAAAGUGAACAAGUGAAAAUAACAACCCAGGCUACAACUAGCACAACCCAACAUUGGGCAACCACAACGGAAUCGGAUAGUCCAUGGUGGUGGCUAUUUUAAACGCAAUUUAAAUGUAUGUAGGUUUGCUGCUAUUUUGUUCUUAUAAAUAAAUAGAGGUUUAAGUGGGCAAA